AGGAGGUAUAACGUAGUUUUUAUCUACCGCAACUUGAGGUCAAUCUGCCUCGAGUCGCAGCUGCAUCAUCUCUCGGCUGAUCAAGGCUUUUCUGUUUAGAACAUCACUCAGGCUCGUCCUCUUAAAAUGGAGACUCUGUGUACAGAGAAGACACCUGAACCAGGUACAUUCUUGGAUAUUCUGGAGGAGCGGAGAAGGACCAGUGACAUAAGCCAUGCCCUAAGGACUUUUUCUCCCCAGCCUUAUAAAGGACAUCCACCUAUCACAACUAGUGCUCUAAACCAAACAGUACUGGAUUCGCAGCACUUGCACUGUACCGUAGAGGAGAUUGCCACAGAGAGUGGAGAACCUGUGGAGGUCAUCAGAGAGAAGGCUUCUGGGAUACUUAGUGAGAUGUCACAGAACCUGCAGCUCAGUUCUGUUCGACUGUUAGGAUACACACUCAGCAAGGUAUUCAAAAAAGCCUUCCAUGCAGUCCUGGUGAAUGAGGAUGGCCUGAACCAGCUUCGACGGGCCAUUCAGGAGCGCCCAGUCAUCUUGUUGCCCAAUCAUAGGAGCUAUAUGGACUUCCUGGUUCUCUCUUACAUCAUGUUCACCUAUGACCUCUCCAUCCCUGUCAUUGCUUCAGGAAUUGCUCUCAUGGACAUGAUGUUCUUUGCUCCAUUACUGCGGCGUUCCGGAGCAUUUUUUAUCCGUCGGGCAAUCAGGGCAGAUAAGCUCUAUUGGGCAGUGCUGUCAGAGUAUGUCCGAACUAUUGUGAGGACUGGUUAUGCCCCUGUGGAGUUCUACAUAGAAGGAUAUCGGAGUCGAACACUGAAGUCUCUGAAUCCCAAAUUGGGUAUGAUUCACAUGGUUCUAGAGCCUUUUUUAAAUGGUGAGGUGGAUGACAUCAGCCUGGUGCCCAUCAGCCUCAGUUAUGAUCGGGUAAUUGAAGAGUCUCUACUGGCCUAUGAGAUGCUGGGAAUUCCCAAACCUAAAGAGUCCACUAUGGGUCUACUAAAAGCUUGGAAUGCUCUAGAGAAUGAUAACGGUUCCAUGCAUGUGUGUUUUGGCCAGCCCAUCUCUGUCAGAGAGCUUGCUAAGGGGAAGAUCAACUGUUUGCAGCAUAACCAAGUGCCCAGAGAUAUGCCACAGAAUCCCAGUGAGGAGACACAGGAGUUUGUGAGCGUUGUGGCCCAUGGCGUGGUGCGCCUGCAGGAGAGAGGUAUGAUCAUCAGCCCCUGGAGCCUCAUGGCCACCAUUCUGCUCCAGAGCCCUGAGGGCCUAGGCUUGGACACCCUGACCCAACGCACCACCUGGCUGCGGGAUAUCGUUCUGAAAUUUGGGGCCCAUCUGGACUGGCCUGCACAGGUAUCUGAUGAGGAAGUGGUAUCAUCCAACAUAUCCCGCCACCGGUCGAUGGUUUGUUGUGAGGAGGGGCGAGUGCUUCUGAUAGAGGAGCAGGGUCCCGGUGGGGAGGAGUCAAUCACUCCAGAGACGGUCGUAUUCAGGCGUGCGUCCAUCAUGCUCAUGUGUGUCUCCUACAGGAACCAGGCGCUGCACAUCUUUGUGCGGCCUGCCCUGGUCGCUGUCACUAUGGCAACCACUUCCACAAUCAAAUAUGAGGAUAUCUUCACACACUUCAAAUUUCUACAGGAGCUUUUCUCCAAUGAGUUUGUUUUUGUGCCUGGAAUGGCUACUCAGGACUUUGAGGAGGGUUGUUCGCUGCUGGUGAAAUGUGGCGUACUUCAGACUUCAGAUCAAGAGCUUGUUAUGAUAGAACAUGGUACAGAGACAGCUUCCUUUCUUAGGGCCAUCCUCCAGCCAUUCUUAGAAACAUAUCAGGUGGUUUUCCGUCAUAUGACUGAGGAUGGUGUUGUGCCAUUUGCCGAGAAACAGUACAUACUUGCGGUCCGUUCUUACUGUCUGAAUCUCAUCCUUGCGGGUGAACUCCAGACGUAUGAGGCUUUGUCCUCGGACAUGCAAAAGAAUGUUCUCCACGCACUGGUGAGGAUGAGUGCUAUAACAAAAACAAAAGUAGGUGACCAGAACGAGUUUAGAGUCAACAAAGCUGCCAUCCAGAAAAUUGCAGACAUUUUGGGAUCCUACAUGUAGUGUAAUCAUGUGCCCUUUCAUUAUUUGAUGUACUUUUUAGUGUUUAUUAUUUUAUUCCAACUACAUGUGUACAUGGAUGGUGUAGGUAGGUCAUGCAGUUGACACUUGGCUCACUACCAACUUUACACUUUGUAUUUGAACUUAAGGCCCUGUGUAUUCUGUAGUACUGUUUAUUAAAUGUAUAUAUAUACACAAAUGUAUAGGCCUACAGUAAAAUCAUUCUCUUAGUGUAAUCACUUAAAAUAUGCAGGGAGAGGAAUGAGUUGACAAAUGGAGCUGUUUUUAAAAUUAUACCUGAUUUUUGUUGUUUACAGCCAUUCUCUUAAUCAAGAGGGCAAAGAAUGAAACUGUUAGCUAGACGACGUCAUACUCAGUUCCCUGCAGAAAAAGGAGGCGGGGCUAAACU